AGUCUGCCAACAUUGUCAUAUUAGCACGGUUUGUCAACAUCGAAUCAACAGCACGAGGGUAUGAAAGUCCAUUGAUAAAGGUUUAUACAUAAUAAUAAUAAUACGUGUUAUUUCAUAAGACAACAUAUAUCGCUAUCUAUAGCGAUAUAAUCACGAGAUCUGGUCAGACUCUGCCAUUUUGUUAUUUUUCUUUUCUUUCUGAGUGACGAUACAGGUGACAUCAUGGCGAAACUAGCUCUGUGCCUUGUUCUGCUGUGUCUGGGUGUUGGACCAGCAAUUUCGGCAAGCAGUGAUGCUCCAGCAACCAAUCUGACGACAGCAACAACAGUGGCCAUCCCAUCCACUGCAAAGGCCACAACGACCAAAGCAACAACAGCUCGAACUACAACAGGCCUGGCUCCAACGACGACAUCUAAGGUUGUUACCACUGCUGGUAUGACUACAAAAGAGUCAAAUUCGACUGAUCUCACGACCACAUUUGAAACCGGAUCGACCGCCAACAUGACGACUGGACCAACAGUUAACACCACGACCGAGGAAACCAAUGGGACAACUACCGAACCUACGACAUUCAUGAGAGCGACCACCCGGCCGGUAACUAUGAUGCCUGGCCCAACAAGAUAUGAAGUUAACGAUACUGACGGCAGGUGUAUUCUGAUGCAGUUCUAUGCAAAGAUUGACAUUGAGUACUCGUACUGGGAGGGAAACGUACGUAGAGACGUCGUAUCCGUUAUUGACGUUGCACCCAACUCCGUCCCAUCGGGUAAUUGCUCGGUCAAAGGUAUUAGAAGCUUCGCCAUUAACAUUAACGAUCGACCAAACUGGUUCCUUCGCCUGGAGUUCACAAGUGUCGAGAAGACUUUCGAGUUGACAACCGUUAUCCUCGAAUGGAAAUAUGAGACGCCGUAUUUUAAUGAAAACGCUACGUUAUUUGGUGAACUGGAAGAGACAAUGCUCAACGACAAGAAACAUAUCAAUAUUAAAGGAUCAGUUGGGAAUACCUACCAGUGUACAAACCAGGAAUUAACCAUGGGUCCUGCAGUCGUCACCUUCAAGGGUCUCAUGUUUCAACCUUUCGCUGAUGAAUCAGAAGAUAAAGGCAACUUUGGGGACGUGGAAACGUGCGAAGCAGACAAACCCACCAACGCCCCAUCAAAAACCGACAACACGGGAAUGAUUGUCGGCAUAGUGAUCGGAGCUUUAGCUCUAGUCAUCAUCGUCGGUGGGGGCGCUUUCUUCUUGGUCAGGUCAAGGGCCAAGAGAGAAUCUUAUAAGAGUUUGGAUUAGCCCACUACUAAGAUGGAUGACGGUGUUGUGUGGUUUAUGGUAGACACUUAAAGGCACUGGACACUAUUAGUAAUUACUCAAAGUAGUCGUUAGCGUGCUUAUGUUGAGAAACACCAAGUGAGAAGACUGGUCUAAUUACCGAAGAUGUCCAUUGUCUUUACGCGAAUUUAACAAAAGCUCUAGGCAAUGUGACCCUUACAGGAUCUGGACACUAUUGGUUAUUACUCAACAUAAUUGUUGGCAUAAAAACUUACUUGGUAACAAGCAAUAGAGAGC